AUGGAAGCAUUACUGUCAGUGACUUCAAUUGAUGUGAGCGCGUUCGUGUCAUUCAUGUCUCCAUUUAUCAACAGCAAUUUCUUCUUUUACCCACAGAAUAAGAUUUUGAAAUGUUUGCUGAGUAAGAAUUUCUGGAACAUAAUCGAAUUGAAAUUACAUUCACAAGUUAAUAAAGUUUUUCAUGAGAGUUAUCUAAGACAAGAAGUAAAACAAGCUCUUGAAUCAAAUCAAAGAAAUAACGAAGAAAAGUCAAUGGGAUUUCCUAUGAAGAUGCUUUCAGAUUCUCCAUUAGCUUUGUCAUCACCCCAAGUCAUCUUACUUCGAUAA